AUGUCCUUCACUCUCGUUACCGCCGCGAUCGCGGCCACUCUUUUCGCGACCGCUGGCGUCAAUGCCGAGCAGCACAUCAUUCGUUUCUCGAACCAGUGUGGGUAUGGAACUCCUCAACUCAUCCAAGGUGGUAAUGUCCUCUCCACGGGAGAGGACUAUGUCAGCAAUGGCCCUUUCGAAUCCGCUAUCUCCUACUUGCAAACUGGGCCUUGCCUGUUCAACGGCGAGGAAUGUCUCUUGGUGGAGAUGACCAUCGGUAACCCGACGGUUCCUGGAGGUGGUCCAUCUGUCGACCUCAGUCUGAUUCCUCCUCAUGCUUAUAAUGUCGAGACAUCCUUUGCCUUCUGGGGUGGUACUGGGGGAUGCAACAACACCGGUGCUGACUGUGCCGAUCCAACUUGCGCUGAUGCUUUCUUCACUCCUGAUGAGACACAGGUUCAGGUGUCUUGCCAAGGGGACAACGUGCGUACUUUACUAUGA